AUGUCAUUAACUACAACAUCAAUAAUAGUUACAGAAUGUUCACCAACAUCAAGAUCAAUCUUAACAUUAAAAUCACCAACAAUUCAAUCAGAAAUUAAAAAUGAAGAGUUGGAAAUGUAUAAUAAUAUUAAUAAUAAUAAUAAUAAUAAUAAUAAUAAUAAUGAAAAUGAUGAUAAAAAUUCAAUUUUAUUUUCAAAAAUUUUAUCAAAUUUUAAAAUUAGAAGUAAAAUAUUUAAAGGUGUUAAAAGAUUUGGAAGUAAAGUUAUAAGUAGAAAAUAUAAAGAUAUAAUAUCAUUAGAAUGGAUGAUAAAUCAUAAACAUUGGGGAUUAAUUAAAGAUAAGAUUCAACAAGGUCAUAAUUUGAUAAUAUCAUCAGUUUGUAGAAAAAUCAUAUUUUCAAUACCAGAUUUCAAUAUUUUUAAAAUGUGUUUUGAAAGAUAUAUUGAAUAUUUUCCAAGAUUAUAUCCAACAUUAAUUGAUCAUGCUGCAUAUUAUGGUAAUUAUGAAAUGGUGGUUUAUUUACAUAACAAAGGUUACACUGCAUCACCCUAUGCUAUCGAUAAUGCAUCACGUUGGGGUAAUUUACAAAUGGUGAAAUUCUUAAAAGAGAAUAGAAAUGAUGGUUGCACUGAUAGUGCAAUGGAAAAUGCUGUUGCAUUCAAUGAUUUAGAAUUGGUUAAAUAUAUUCAUCAACAAUUGAAUGAACCAUGUACUUUAUUUGCAAUUGAUCAUGCUUCUUCAAAUGGUAGUUUAGAAAUUUUACAAUAUCUUCAUAAAAAUUUAGGUAAUAAUGGUAAUAUACUGGGUGGCAGUGGAUUUAAUAAUAAUAAUAAUAAUAUCAAUAAUAAUAGUGGUAAUAAUAAUAAUAAUAAUAGUGGUAACAAUAGUGGUAGUAAUAAUAAUAGUAAUAAUAAUAGUAAUGGAUCAUCACCAAUUAUAAAUUCAUCAACACCACCAUCAACACCAAAAAGGUCAAAAGCAUUAGAUUUAGCAGCACAAUAUGGUCAUUUAGAUUGUUUAAAAUAUUUAAUUCAAAAUAAUAUUAUACCACCAACCAAUACAACACCAUUAAUUAAUAUACCCUAUAGUCCAAGAGGUGGUAGAUCAUCAAGUACUGUUGUAUUGGCACCAGAUUCACAUAUUGAAUCACCAUUGUAUAGUGCUACAAAAAGAGCAAUUGAAGGUGGUCAUAUUGAGAUUGUAAAAUAUUUGUAUACAUUAUAUCAACCAAAUAAUAUUGAAGUUUUCACAUUGUCAAUUAGUAAAGGUCAAUUGGAAAUUUUAGAAUUUUAUAUGUCUCAUGCUGGUAAUAUUGAUUUCGAAGGUUUCUUUAGAGUAAACUUUAAUGAGGAUUUCAUUGCAUCUGCUCUAUUAUAUAAGAAUUUAGAAUUGAUUAAAGUUUGUCGUAAUAGAUUGGGAAUUGAAAUCACUGCUAAAGCAUUCGAUAUUGCUGUUAGAUUCGUUGAUAGACCUGAUCUAUUGGCUUAUCUACUUCAAGAGAAACCAAUACCAGAUGGUGGUUUCAACCCAAAUUUACUCUCAGAUUGUUGUAUAUAUAAUAAUUUAGCAGCAAUUAAAGCUUUGGUUAUAUUUGGUGGUGAACCUUUUUAUCUACAACCUCAAUCCUAUUGUAGUGGUAUGGAAAUUUCAUCUGCAAGUGGUUUCUUUGAAAUCGUUCAAUAUUUAAAUGAAUUGGACCAAACGUUAUCCAUCGGUAAUGCAAUUGAUAAGGCAGCUAUAAAUGGUCAUUUAUCAAUUGUUAAAUAUUUAACAGAGAAUAGAACAUCUGCACAUUGUACAACCGAUGCUGUUGAUAAAGCAGUUUAUAAUGGUCAUGAAGAGGUGGUACGUUAUCUAUUGAAUCAUCGUACUGAAGGAGCUACAAGUAGGGCCGUUAGCAAUGCAGCUUAUUUGGGUGAUUUAGAGAUGGUCAAGUUUUUACAUAAUUCUGGCCAACCUUGUAGUAAAGCGGCCAUUAACAAUGCUGCUUCCAAUGGUAAUUUAGAUGUCAUUCAGUUCCUUCAAAAGAAUAGGACUGAAGGGUGUACUGAACAAGCUUUAAUCAAUGCUAUCUCUGGUACUUGUUUUGAUACUGUUAAAUAUAUUAUCGAACAAUAUUGUCCAAGAGAUGUACAAAUCACAGAAGCAACAAUGAUUGCAAUUGGUGAAGCUGGUGAUCUUACAACUUUAAAAUAUUUUAAAGAUGUUGUAUCAAGAACUGUAUCUGUUAAUUUAGAUUUUUCUCAUAUUUUAAAACCUGCUUUCAAUUAUGGUUAUUUAGAUAUUAUAAAAUAUUGUUUACAACCAAGUGGUUCAACUACACCACGUACUCCAAAUUCAUCAUCUCCACCACCAAUUUAUCAUACUUUAUCAAUUAAUAAUAAUAAUAAUAACAAUAAUAACAAUAUCAAUAGUAUUUCUUCACCAUCAAUGAGUAAUAAGGUUUCACCAAUAAUGAUACCUUCAAAUUCACUAUCAACUUCAUCAAUUUCUUUAUCUUCAUCUUCAUCAUCUUCUUCAUCUUCUUCAUCUCCUUCUUCUUCCUCUUCACCAAUCCAAUCAUCAUCAAUACCAACAGUAAAUUUACCAAUUUUACCAAUAAAUUCAAUUUCAUCAUCACCAACAAUUAAUAAUAAUAAUAAUAAUAAUAAUAAUAAUAAUGAUUUAUCACCAACAAAAAAUCAACAACAAAUUUCAUCAUCACCAUCAAGUCCGAUUCAUUUAUCAAUUAAUGGAUUAUCGUCAAUGAUAUUUGUAUCACCAUUAUCAUUACCAUUAACUAAAGAACAUAUUUCAAUAUCUUAUUCAAGAGGACAUAGUCAUAUUUUAGAACAUUUAGUUGAAUAUCAUCCAAAACCAUUGGCAAAAUAUUUAUCAACAAUUGAUCUUUCCCCAAGAAAAAGAAUUAUUAAAUAUGAUGAACAUCAUCUUUUAAACUAUUUGAAAAAUGUAAAUUCAAGAAUAAAUUCAAAAAGUAAACCAACAAUUUCUAUAUUUUCUAAAAUUUUACCAAUAAAUUUAAAAAAAUUAAAUAAAUAA